AUAUAUCAGAAGAAACGUCAAACCACACCGCGAUUACAAAAUACUCGCAUGUUUACGGUGAACUCUCCGGCUUUCGACGGUUCGGUUCCACUUGAUUCUGUGAAAAGUGUCUUCAACUUCACCCCACAAUGUCCUCACUGCUCAAAUUAGCCCUGUUUCGACCUACCGCUCUCAGUGCAUUUACCCGACCCGCAGCGGUUCGUUUCUGCAGUUCCAAAGUGCCUUCGGAUGUUUCCAACGCCGUUCAGCUGGAAUCCGCUACGCCCGAGGCUAAGCUGGGCGGCUUCGCCAAGGCAUUCGAAAAGCACUCCGCACCGCAGACGGACACUGGGGUGGUGGAACCGCCCAAAACGUUUGCCUCCCUGCUGAGGAAUUCCAAAUUUAUGGAUCUUGGAGAUCCAGAGAACAAAGUUGUUUCUGGCAAGAUCUUCCACGUGGUCGAGGAUGACCUGUACAUUGACUUUGGCUGGAAGUUCCACUGCGUUUGCACGAGGCCAACCAAGAAUGCGGAGGAAUACGUCCGGGGUGCCCGCGUGCGGCUACGCAUCCGUGACUUGGAGCUGUCCACGCGGUUCAUCGGUGCCGACAAGGAUUUGACCCUGCUGGAGGCGGACUGUCAGCUGCUCGGGUUGAUUUCUUCGCCCACGAGGCAGCAAGGAACGCGUGGUGCCGUGGCCGCAGCAGAAGCAACCUAACCGAACCGACUCCGACUCCAGCUAUUCGAGUUUUGACGACCCCGACUCCGACUCCAGGUCUCCAGAAAGACCCGACGCCACCGACUUCGGCUUCGACUCCGACUCCAUAGCCCUGACGACCAAAAUAGCAAAACAAAACAAUAUGCCUGGAUCCUGGAUCAUGCUGGUUUGACGUGGAAUCGCUGAAUAUCCUUUUUGUAUGAACAGCUGCCGAAAUUGUGUACCGACAAAGUUUGACCCAAAUAAAAAAAAAUCGUCCGAA